UCCGUAUUGCUGUCAAAGUACCCACACGCCAGAAAGCCAGUCAGGUCGCUCGGAGAUAGCACGUCAGCGCCGAGCUCCCGUUGACACAAAUUUCUCCCGUCGAGUUCGCGACGAGGUUGCUUGCUUGCUUGCAUCCAGCCACUGCAGGCCUGCCUGCAAUGCCGUUGCGUGAUCCCAACUCGAUGUUGAAGGUUCUCGGAGCAGGAUUAGCCGUCAUAGGACUCUGCUCAGUCCCGGCGCUCGGCAGCACCGUAGCCCGGCUUACCAAGCGAGACGCACAGCAAGACACGUACGAGGAUGGCGACGGUAAGGCCUCGCCCGAGUCGCUGAAGGCCUACUCGGCCAGGCUGCCCAAGGCACUCGCCGUGGUUUCGGCGGGUGCCGGGCUCGCCAUCUCCAUUGUCCUCCUGGUCAUUUCAGCACACGCCAAGGGGCAGGUGUUGACAAGCAGUCUCGGCACUGCUUCCUGGGCUCUCCUCCUGUUCCAGGCCAUCGCCAUUGCUUCGAGCAGAAAUUCGGUUCAGGCGUAUGAUCUGGGACUCUACACCUUCUUCGCCGCCACACUCCUGGCCGGCAUCCUCCUCUCCCUUGGCACCGAGAUUGGCGAGGAUCUGUGGCACUCAGCACCCUUGUCCUUUGCCCUCCGCGCGGCCGAGUUGGUCUCGAGUAUAUCGCUUGCCGUCUCGACUCUCUGCAUUCCCAGGCGCCCCGAUGUCUUCUACCAAGGCCAGCUGGUGGAUCGCAUGUGGACUGCAUCCGCUUUCAGCCGUUUCACAUGGUCUUGGGCGUCGGACCUUCUCGCCCUCGCUUCGAAGAAGAAAGAUCUAGACCUGGAGGACCUCCCGCGGCCGAACCGAUUUGUCCGUGCCGCCUCCGUGUCUGCUAGCUGGAGAGCGCAAAAGAACACUGGGAAACGUCUCUGGCUGGCUUUGCUUCUAGCCCACUUCAAGCCUCUGGCGCUGCAGUGGUUCGUCACCCUCAUCGCCUCGAUCCUGAAUUUCGCCCCGCAAUGGGUCAUCUUGCAGCUGUUGAGGUUCCUUGAAACCCGCGAGCCCGGCGGCGGGCGGGAGUUGGACGCCUGGAUGUGGGUGGUCUGGCUAGGCAUCGUCAUCAUUGCACAGGGGUGGGUUGAGACCUACGUCUGGUGGCUUGGGUAUGCCGAACUCCAGAUCCCCGUUCGUGCUCAGCUGUCGGCCCUCAUCUUCGAGAAGUCGAUGCGCAGGAAAGACGUAAAGGGCGCGGAUGACGCCAAGAAGAAGGCUUCCGAGGAAGGAAACGCAGAGUCUUCGUCAACUGCUCCAGACCAGCCCAGGCCGGCGGCGGAAGCGGACGACUCAGAAGAGCAUCUCAAGAAGAGUAAGCAGAGUACCGUCAACUUGAUCGGCGUCGACGCAAAGCGUGUCUCGGACUUCAGCGCUUUCCAGAAUCUGUUCCCGGGGAGCCUCUUCAAGCUCAUCGUUUCGCUCGCCUUCUUGCUUGACCUCCUGGGUUGGAAGGCGCUCCUGGGCGGCUUCUCUGCCAUGCUUGCCAUUAUGCCCGUCAACAUCUACUUCUCCAAGAGGUACUCUGACGCCCAGGAUCGCCUGAUGAAGGUCAGAGAUGAGAAGAUGGAGGUUGUCACCGAGGCGCUUCAGGGCAUUCGCCAGAUCAAGUUCUCCGCCCUAGAGCCCGAGUGGCAGGCCAAGAUUGGCGCGGUUCGGGAACGGGAACUUAGCGCCGUUUGGACUGUCUUCAUAAACGAUACCAUGCUCAUCGGCUGCUGGGUGACGAGUCCGAUCCUGCUAGCCGCCAUUUCUCUCGCCGUCUACGCUGUCGUCCACGGAUCGCUGGCACCGUCCGUGGCCUUUGUCAGCUUGGGCGUCUUCAAGUCGCUCGAGAUGACGCUGGCGGUUGUUCCAGAGCUCACAACGGAUCUUCUGGAUGCCUUGGUCUCCAUCAACCGUAUCGAACAGUACCUAAACUCUCCGGAAUUGGAACAGGUCUCGAAGCCCGCCGAUGAAAUUUCUUUCCAGGAUGCCUCGAUCGCCUGGCCCACGGACGAAGAGGUUGACGAGUCAGAGAGGUUCGUCCUCCGAAACAUCAACGUCACCUUCCCCAAAGGCGAGUUGUCCGUCAUUUCUGGCAAGACUGGCACUGGCAAGAGUUUGAUGCUGGCCGCCAUCUUGGGAGAAGUAGAUAUCCUAGGCGGCACUCUCUACGUUCCGCGUGCACCACCGCUUUCGGAACGCCAUGACGAUAAGGCACACAAAGGUAACUGGAUCAUCCCCAACGCGAUUGCCUACGUGGCGCAGAUCCCCUGGAUCGAGAAUGCCAGCAUCAAAGACAACAUUCUGUUUGGGCUGCCCUACGACGAGGAGCGAUACAACAAGACCAUUGAAGUCUGCGCCCUGAAGAAGGAUCUCGAAAUGCUCGACGACGGUGAGCACACCGAGAUCGGCGCCAAUGGUAUCAAUCUUAGCGGCGGUCAGAAAUGGCGUGUUACCCUCGCCAGGGCCAUCUACUCACGCGCCGGCAUCCUCAUCCUGGACGACAUCUUCAGCGCUGUCGACGCACACGUCGGCCGCCACAUCUUUGAGAGGUGCCUCAAUGGAGACUUGGCUGUCGGCCGAACGAGGAUUCUGGUCACCCAUCAUGUCGCGCUCUGCGAGAGCAAGGCGAAGUUUCUGAUGGAGCUCGGCAACGGCGGCGUGCUGCAUGCUGGCCUCCUCUCAGAGUUGCGCGAGGAAGGCAUGCUGCAGAAGAUCAGGACCCAUGAGCAAACGGCCGAGGAGAUAGAAGCAGACGAGUCUGCUACCGCUGUAAACUCCGAAGACUCCUCCGUUAGGGAGCGGGAGCAAGACAGUGCGGUCACCAGCACCCCUAAGAACCCCCCGGUCAUGGCAUCAGAGGCUCGAAAGUUUGUCGAGGAAGAGACGCGUGAGCGAGGCGCGGUCAAGAAGCACGUUUACAUGACGUACCUGAAGGACAGUGGCGGAUUCUUCUUCUGGGCGUUUGCGCUUUGCAUUUACCUGCUCGUGCAAGUGUUCAACAUUGGUCGCUCGUGGUGGCUCAAGAUCUGGACGGGCAAUUACGAGGAGCAGGGUAACUAUCAACAGCACGCCCUUGUUGGCCCAGAGGAUUACGGAUAUCCCUACACCGAGGCGGUCCGUCAGUCGAUUCACGCCAUGUCCGCGCCCGCCACCUCGAUCCAGGGCAGUCUAACCUACUAUCUCGGCAUUUACGUCGCUCUGGCCCUCAUAUCCUCCAUCAUCGGUACCUUGAAAUAUCUAUACGUUUACAUCGGCUCGAUCCGUGCUAGCCGGAAGCUGUUUGAGAAGCUUAACUUUACCAUUCUGCACACCCCUACCCGAUGGCUGGACACCGUGCCCCUUGGCCGCAUCCUGAAUCGCUAUACAGCCGACUUUAACACCAUCGACUCGCAGCUAGCCAGCACAGUAGGCUUCGGUGCGAAUUCGUUUCUGAGCCUCCUGGCCGUUGUCGUCGCUGGGCUUUUUCUGUCACCGUACAUUGUCCUCUUCGCCAUUGUCCUCCUCUUGGUUUGCCUCUACUAUGCCAUCCUCUACCUCCACGGGGCUCGGCCCGUCAAAAGACUGGAGAGCACGACCAAAUCCCCCGUCUUUGAACAGUUUGGCUCCGCCCUCACUGGCGUCACCACCAUUCGUGGAUUCGACAAGGCCCCCGUCUACGUCGAUCGGAUGUACAGGAAGAUUGACGAUUAUUCGGCCUCAUCGUGGCAUCUUUGGCUCUUCAACAGGUGGAUGGGCUGGCGGAUGUCGCUCGUGGGCUCAUUCUUCGCGAGCUUUGUCUCAAUCUUCAUCCUCCUCACUCCCGGUAUCGACUCGGCUCUAGCAGGCUUCGCGCUGGCCUUUGCACUCGACUUCUCGAGUUCGGUCAUGUGGACCAUCCGGAUGUAUGCCAAUAUCGAGCUGAAUAUGAACUCAGUGGAACGUAUCGUCGAGUACACUGAACUUCCGACAGAACCGCUUGACGGUCAAAAGCCCCCUGCCGCGUGGCCUACGGAAGGGCGCAUCGAAGUCAACGAUCUGGUUGUUGCAUAUGCCCCUGAUCUUCCGCCUGUGUUAAAAGGCCUAAACUUCACCGUCAACCGGAACGAGCGCAUCGGCGUGGUUGGCCGAACCGGAGCGGGCAAGUCCUCUCUAACUUUAGCGUUGUUCCGCUUCCUCGAGGCGAGGUCGGGCAGCAUCUACAUAGACGGCCUCGACAUCUCCAAGAUCAGGCUCCACGACCUCCGCUCGCGUCUGGCCAUCAUCCCGCAGGACCCUGUCCUCUUCUCCGGCACGAUCCGCUCCAACCUCGACCCCUUCGACCGCCACACCGACGAGGAACUGCGUGAUUGCCUGGAGCGCGUCCAUCUCGUCCCCAGCGGCGCUUCCGCUUCCUCAUCCGGCUCCGCAACACCCGUCGGUUCCGCCGCGCCGAAGAACGCCAACAUCUUCUCCGACCUCUCCUCCCCCGUCUCCGAGGGCGGCCUCAACCUCUCCCAGGGCCAGCGCCAGCUCCUCUGCCUGGCGCGCGCCAUCGUCUCGCGCCCGCGUGUCAUGGUGCUCGACGAGGCGACGUCGGCCGUCGACAUGCACACGGACGCGCUGAUCCAGCGGAGCAUCCGCGAGGAGUUCACCGACUCCACCCUGAUUGUGAUUGCGCACCGGCUGAGCACGAUUGCCGACUUCGACCGCGCGCUCGUGCUAAGCGACGGGCGGGUGGCCGAGUUCGGAACGCCGAGGGAGCUCUGGGAGAAGGGAGAGUCCGGCAUCUUCAGGGGCAUGUGCGAGGAGAGCGGCGAGAGGGACAAGUUAAGGGGUAUCAUUUUCGGGGACGACUGAGGAGAUCUCCAUUUCUCGAGGGUCUGCAGAGUUUGGUUUGGCGGCUGAGUUGGGAAAUUCGUCUAUUGUCACCAAGCUAGGAGGAGGUGUGUGCUG